AUGUCACUUGCCAAUUCAAGAGAACGGCGUUCCAACGCCGGUAACAAAAUGGCAAAACUAAUGGAUGCUGAAGAAGAAGAUGAUUUUUACAAAAAUACUUAUGGUGGUUUUGACGAAAAAGAAGAUGAUGAUGACUAUAAGGAGGAAAAAGAAGUUGAAGAUGUAACUGAUUCUGAUAUUAGUAUUGAUGAAAAUGAUGAAGUGAUUUCCGAAGAUGAAAAUGAACCCAAGAGAAAAAAAACUGGAGUCGCUACGAAAGCAUACAAAGAACCUAAAACUGUAAAUAAUCAACAAGUCAAAAGAAAUGAAAACAGUGCUUCUAAAUCGAAAAAGCAAAUAUCUAAAAUUAUUCAAAGUAAAGUAGACAAAUUGGAAAGGAAAUCGAUUCGAAGGUCGACAGCAGCAAAAUCAGCUGCUACCAUGCAAAGACUUAAAAAUAGAAUUGAAAUUCAAAAAAGGAGAAAAAUGAAAAGAAUUCCGCAGCAAGAAGUUUGGAAGCCGACUCAAGAAGAACUUUUGGAAGAAGCCAAAAUCACAGAAGAAGAAAAUUUAAAAUCUUUAGAAAAAUAUCAAAAAUUAGAAUUGGAAAAAAAGAAAACUAGAAUAGUGAAAAAAGUAUUUACCGGUCCAGUAAUUAGAUACCAAUCAUUGACAAUGCCUCUUAUUAAAGAAAUAACAGAUGAAAAGAUUAAUAUAAUCAGUGACGAACAAUCUGAAAAUAUUGUUGAAAAUACAGACAGUGAUAAAGAAUCGAAAAGUAAAAAUGAUGAAGUCGAAGAAAAAGUGGAAAGAACAUUUAUCACAUUUGAAAAUGAUGAAAUAUUAAAUUGUAUUUUUAAAAAUUCUAAAAUUGAAGAAAGACCAAAACUGUGUCCCAUUACAAGGCUUAAAGCGAAAUAUUUUGAUCCAGUCACUAAUUUACCAUUUAGUAAUUUGCAAGCAUUCAGAAUAUUAAGAGAAGCUUAUUAUCAACAAUUGGAAGCGAGGGGCAACAGGAAUCAACCUCAGGUAGCAGCUUGGUUAGAAUGGAGAAAACAACAAAAGGAUGCACAAAUGAAAAAACUAUUAAAAAUAACAAAAUAG